AUGGUGGGCACAGGGAAGCUAACGGAGAAUGCGGCGCUUGAUGCGUCCGGACUUGUGGCGAUUGCGAUUUGCUACGGUUUUGCACUCUUUGUGGCGGUUUCGAUCGCAGCUAACCACUCCGGUGGUCAUGUGAACCCAGCCGUCACUUUUGGCCUUGUCGGAAAACUUAAAAUCGUCACCGGAGUUUUCUAUUGGGUUGCUCAGCUUCUCAGCUCCACCUUGGCUUGCUACCUUCUCAAAUAUGUCACCGGUGGUUUGGCGAUUCCAAUCCACAGCGUUGCGGCUGGAGUUGGGUCCGUCCAAGGAGUGCUAAUGGAAAUCAUAAUCACAUUCGCAUUGGUCUACACCGUGACACGGCUCUUGAGGCGGUUCCUAGGUCAAAGUGGAGACAUCUUCAGCCCUUCUCCUUUCUCUAUAAAUACUCAUACCCUUAUUUCCUUAUUUCUUUUGGCCGCUUUCCCACUAGCAGCAACAGCAGCUACAAUUAAGCAAGCGGAAGCCCGGCGUCUUGGCGUACAAGAGGUCUGUGCACGGGCGGUCUACCGCAAUGCCGACCGCUCGAGGAGCCGGCCGCUCGAGAACCGGCUGCAAGGAGUGCCGACUGCGAGGUCCGCUCAGGGAGCCGGCCGCUCGGGGAGCCAGCCGCGAGGUCUGCUCGGGGAGCCGGCCGUGGUCCGCUUGGGGAGUCGACGGAGGUCCGCUCGGAGCCGUUCGCUCGGGGUGCCGGCUGAGGUCUGCUCGGGGAGCCUGUUGAGGUCCAUUUGGGGAGGUCCGUUCAGGGAGCCGGCCGAGGUCCGCUCAGAGAGCCGACAAAGGUCCGCUCAGAGUCGGCCACUCGGGGAGCCGGCCAAGAGGGCCGCUCAGAGAGCCUACAGAGGUUCACCUGGAGAGCUGCCCGCUCGGGGAGCCGGCUGCUCGGGAAUGCCGGUCGCUCACGAGUUGGCGAGGCUGGAAGGUUUGUCGCCGGCUCCUCGCGGGCGGUGCCGGCUCUUUGCGGAUUUCGUGGAUUUGUCUCAGCCGGUUGUCUGUUUGUCCUACGCUUGGUUUUUGAUGGAGAGUGGCAGUUCGCCGAUGUUUCCGCAAGGGGGGUCGUCUCCUUUUCAGUGUUCCGGAGGGUCGACCUCCUCAAGCAGUACUGGAUCUACGUCUUCGAGUCGUGGAAAAUCUGUUUCCUCGAGUGGGUCAAAGUUUGUGGAUAUUGAGGGGGUUGAGGGAGGUCACGACAUUUGUCGUGAUGGGGAUACGAUGAUGAGUGGAGUCGUCAUGGAGGAUCGUGGCGAAACGGGUGGAGUCAUUGCGGAGACUCGUGGCAGAAUGACCAUCAAAGUUUACGCUGAUUCUAAUACCGAGUUGGAGUUGGCUCUUCGGGAAGACAUGGAGAAGGGUCUUCGUGAUUUCCCGAAAUCUCGAUCGACCCCUGAAUCCUUGAAAGGUAUUAAGUUGCGCUGUGGAGUCUCUGGCCUUGAAUUUCGGGUUCCCGAGCCGCAUGAGCACCUUUGGGAUGCUCCCGCCAGCUACAUCUGUCUUUACAAGUAUUGGUUCGAGAAGUGCGAGUUGUGGCUUCUAUUGCCUGAUUUGUUGUGCAAGACAAUUGCAUUUACGCAGCUAUGCCCGGGUGCGAUUCAGAAUAUCGUUGGGGAGAUAAUCGUGGGGGAGAGCAAUGAUAUUAGUGUGAGUCUUCGUCUUUUGGAGGCGAUGUCGAAUACGACAGGGUUUCGGGGAACGAUCACAUUACAGAUAGAGCCAAACAGGAAAAUCAUUCGUACUUCAUGGAAGAAGGAUCACAACUGGAUGGACUGUUACUUCUUCGUCCGAGUGAUGAAAGAUUUCCUCAUCCGACUAAAAGAUGAUCUUGAAGCAUUUAAGCAGUUGGGAGCGAAGAGUUGGUCAUCGAUUGUCGACACUCGGGCGCAAAGGGACUUGGCUCACGGAAUUGGUGUUGACUUCUUGACUCGGGCGGUGGGGAGUAUGGACAAGAUGAUGGAGGAGAUUCUGACGUACUCAAUUCCUUCGCCGAUGAUUCCGAAUCGCUCGAUGCCGCCGAGAAUGCGCAAGAUUUGUGAAGAGAGGGCAGCCGCUGCAGCGAAGGGGAAGAGUGUCGAAUUGGAUCAGGGUCGCGGGGGAAAGAAGACGGGCCUCGCCGAGCAGGAGGAUCGUCAGAAUAGAGGGGCAGCUAAGAAACUGCCUCGUCAAAAGGGCAUUUCGGGAGUUCCUCGAAGGCGGCUGGUCAUCAUGACAUGGUGGCUGGGCUGUCUAGCACGGGGAAGGGUGUCGCGAAAGGUGGUUUGGUCGCGCAGAAAUAAGGAAACUUCAGGU